CUGUCACGGGCUCGGGCGUGACGUGCAGCCGGGCCGAGGGGUCGCACGUGAGUGGAGACCUGAGGACGCGCCUUGGAGCCGGGCCUUGGCCUCUGCCGCGGUUUCGGGGGUUUGUUCUCGAGACCCCGCGGCUCCUUUUGAGCGUGAGCGCCGCGCGGAUACAGCAUGCCUCACAGGAAGAAAAAGCCCUUUAUAGAGAAGAAGAAGGCUGUGUCUUUUCACUUGGUACACCGGAGCCAGCGAGAUCCUUUAGCAGCAGAUGAAACUGCACCCCAAAGAGUUCUGUUGCCUACCCAGAAAGUAAAUGAUGAAGAAAGGCGAGCAGAACAGAGGAAGUAUGGCGUGUUCUUUGAUGAUGACUAUGACUACCUGCAACACCUGAAGGAACCAUCUGGGCCCUCAGAGUUAAUUCCCACCAGUGCCUUUGGCACAUACAACAGCAAAGAUGAGAAAGAAGAAACACUAGUAAUUCCAAGUACUGGAAUCAAGUUGCCUUCAUCAGUGUUUGCAUCAGAGUUUGAGGAAGAUGUUGGAUUGCUAAAUAAAGCGGCUCCAGUUUCAGGCCCUCGACUGGAUUUUGAUCCUGACAUUGUCGCAGCUCUUGAUGAUGAUUUUGACUUUGAUAACCCAGAUAAUCUACUUGAGGAUGACUUCAUUCUGCAGGCCAAUAGGCCCACCGGAGAGAAGUCUGAGGAUGAAGAUGGCUGUGAAUGGGAAGAUGUGGAGGAGGAAGAGGAUGGAAGUGACGAUGGUGACUGCAGCUCUGCAGGUCUGAUGUCAGAUGAAGAUGACAUGUCUGCCCCCGGGACCCCAUGUGGAGUCAAUGAGCAGCAUUUGUUCUGGAACGAGGAAACAAAAAGUCGCUUCACAGAGUAUUCUAUGACCUCCUCAGUCAUGAGGAGAAACGAGCAGCUGACUCUACACGAUGAGAGGUUUGAAAAGUUUUAUGAGCAAUAUGACGAUGUUGAAAUUGGAGCUCUGGAUAAUGCUGAAUUGGAAGGUUCCAUUCAGGUCAACAGCAACCGCUUGCAGGAAGUUUUGAAUGACUACUUUAAAGAGAAGGCCGAGAAUUGUGUUAAAUUGAAUACCCUCGAACCCUGUGAGGAUCAAGACCUGCCACUGAAUGAGCCCCAGGAGUCUGAGGAGGAAGAGCUCAUUACUGUCAUUCUAGAAGAAGCCAAAGAGAAGUGGGACUGCGAAUCCAUUUGCAGUACAUACUCUAAUUUAUACAACCAUCCACAGCUUAUCAAGUAUCAACCAAAGCCCAAGCAAAUCCACCUUUCUUCUAAAACUGGAAUACCUCUCAAUGUCUUACCUAAGAAAGGACUCACAGCAAAGCAGGUUGAACGAAUGCAGAUGAUUAAUGGCAGUGACCUGCCUAAGGUAUCGGCUCAACCACGGCCUAAAAACGAAAGCAAAGAAGAUAAAAAAGCAAGAAAGCAAGCUAUAAAAGAGGAGCGCAAGGAACGACGAGUGGAAAAGAAAGCUAACCAGUUAGCAUUCAAGCUGGAGAAAAGAAGGCAGGAAAAGGAGCUGCUGAACUUGAAGAAGAAUGUUGAGGGUCUAAAGCUAUAGAUAAGGCAAAGUUCAGAAUAAGUCACCUUCCCCGUCUGGGGCCUCUCAUGUUCAAUAAUCACCCCGGGUCUUCUGUGACACAAUGCUAUUUGCUUUACCAUUUGUGCUGGCAAAUAUGAGGAGAAAAAUACAAUAUUUGUAUUAUUUUUAUACCAGCAAGUUUCCCGUCAGCUGUCUUGUAAAUAUUGUAAUGUUUUAAAUUUAAUAUUAUAAGCUUAGAUUUCCUCUGAAAUAAAUGACUUCAUGGAUGUGAAAUGUUUGGAUAAAUUAAAGGCAAACAUAACUUGAA